AUGCUCAGAUGGUAUUUUCAGGAGGGAAUGGCUAUUGCUCUCCGGAUUAUAGACUGUUCGAAGGAAAGCAUUCAAAAUGCCCUCACGAUGAAGAAAGCUGGACAAGCUGUGGUCGUUGCAGUAGGAGGAGCUGAAGAAGCCCUUUAUGCUCGACCUGGAGUGCACAAACUCAAGCUGCUAACUCGAAAAGGUUUCGUAAAGCAAGCACUUCGAUGCGGUGCUUCGCUAGUACCUGUGUAUUCGUUUGGAGAGACUGACAUCUACCAGCAGCUCGACAACCCAGAGGGUUCCAUGGUGCGAAGAUUCCAGACUUGGGUCAAGAACCUGAUCGGAAUUUCAGUGCCUUUCUUCUACGGGAGAGGCUUGUUCCAGGUGAGACACCACAACUAUUCGAAAUAUUCGAAGGAAAUACCGAGAAAUCAUAUAUGGUAA